GUCUGUACCUGACUCCCCCUCCCUCAUCCUCUGUCAUUAUUGCUAUCUGAUCUAGUAUCCCCAAAGACAGCCAGACCGUUCAGAACACGUAGCUAUCGAGACUUCACUUUUACUUUGGCCCGGUGGAAUGCAACUGAAACCCCGCCAACAUGUCAGGCCUCGAGGCUCUCGGCCUGGCCUGCAACAUCUUCCAAGUCAUCAGCUUCGGCCGCGAAACGUCGAGCCUAGUCAAGCGCGUUUACCGAGAUAGCUCCGUCGACGACGCCCUCGAGGCGAAUGCGAAGGACCUCGCUCAACUCGCAUCAUUUGUCCAGGCUCUAGAAACUCCAAAGAACCCGACAAAGCAAGAGCACCAGCUGCUCGAGAUCGCGAAGAAUUGCCAGGCUGUCGCAUGAGACUUGACGGAAGAGAUUGCUUUCGUUGUCGGUCACAAGAAGAAGGGGAGCCUUGCUGGGACUAUCAAAGUGUGUCGGAUUGGAAGUCCAAUUCGACAGCGAGUAAGGGCAGAGCAUUGGCCACCUCGAGGGAGUACAAUUAGACCUCGACUGCCC